GUAACCGCCGGGACUUUGCCCCCGCCCCUCCCCCGGUGCCGGCGCGGAGGCCCCGCGCUCCCGUCCUGCCGCCGCCAUGGCUGCCCCGGGGCCGGCCCGGCUCCUCCGGGCCGCCGCCGCCGCCUCCUCCCGCCGCUGGCUCUUCUCUGCCUCGCCCGCAGCCGGGACGAGGCCGGGCUGCGGCAGCGCCGCCGCUGCCCCGAGGACGGCCCGGCUGCUCAGCCUCUCUGCCCGGGCGGUGCUGAGCUCAGAAGAUAAAAUAACUGUUCAUUUCAUAAAUCGUGAUGGUGACAAACUAACAGCCAAAGGAAAACCUGGGGAUUCACUGCUGGAUGUUGUUGUUGAUAAUAAUCUAGACAUAGAUGGUUUUGGUGCAUGUGAAGGAACGCUAGCCUGUUCAACUUGUCAUUUAAUCUUCGAAGACCACAUAUUUGAGAAACUAGAUGCAAUUACUGAUGAAGAGAUGGACAUGCUGGACCUGGCAUAUGGCCUCACAGAAACAUCACGUUUAGGCUGCCAAAUCUGCUUGAAGAAAUCGAUGGAUAAUAUGACUGUUCGAGUACCAGAAGCUGUUGCCGAUGCUAGACAAUCAGUAGAUAUGAGUAAAAACUCCUAAAAGAAAAUAUCUUAGGGGUUUUAAAGAAGCUUAAUUAUUUUUAUAACUUAUUUUUAAAUGUGUAAUUAAAUAUGGAAACUUACAUAAUUGUGAGUUAUUUUAUAUGACUAUCAAUAUUAGACUAAUGCUAUUUUAAUUUUCUUUAUAGAACCUCCUAUAUUUUUACGCUUAAAAUGCAAUAAUACUUCUUAUAAGUGAUCAUUGGAUUAUAAAUGUUAGCAAGUGUAUUACAGAUUUCAUAUGACAUAUUUCUGCCAAAACCUCUAAUGAUGUUUGAGAACUGGAUCAUGUCUACAAGACUUCUCCUGAAAACCCCUGGCAUUUCUAGGUUUCAGACCUGGAUAUGCAAGAGAACAAAACUUGUAAGACUGCAUGGGGUCUCUUUAAAGUGUUGCCAUUAAAGAUGGUGUGCUCAGAGCUAAUUCACGUUCUCAGUAUAUAUGAUACUUCCUCAGCAAAUAGUGGAUUUUCAGGGUAGGGAUUUUCCAGACUUUGGAAUCUUAAUGAAAUGUGGCAAAUAGUCUUGCAAAAGUACUGUUAAAACCAUGAGAUCUAGGGGCCAAUACAGAAUGUUGGCACCUGCAGUUUAAUUGCUGCAGUGCAUCUCUGUUGCCCAAAUCAGAAGUCAAUAAACCUCAACUGUAUUUGUGUUUGGCUACACCACAAAUACAGGGAUACACAUGACUUAGGAGAGUAAAGCCUUGGAGCUGUCUAAUGGGAGAGCAUAACCACUGGAGGUAACAUUAAAUUCUUGCUGUUCUCUGGAGAUGGCUGAGUUGGGAUUGAAGAUGGCAAUCUUUGUCAACAUAAGAUUUGUUCUGAAAUCUUUAUCCCUUUUUCAGUUUUGAGCUUGUUCAGGAGGCAGUCUGAUGUUAGCUAGGGCAUUCAGCUUAAAGAGAUUCCUAGAUUCUGGGCCUUGCUCUCAGGAUCAUUUCAAUAAUGGUUGAUGUGAAAUGACCAAGUAUAUUUAUUCCAUAAAGAUGGACUAGGUUCCCCAGAAGGGAUAGGGAGACCCCCAUGGUGGGAUAGUGUGUGGACCGAUGAUGAAGAGCUUUCAGUUGGAUUUUGUUUUAAUCUUUCUAAAGUAGACCAAAAUAAAAUAAUGUCUUUAAGACUCUACUAUUCUCUCCAGUUUUUGUUGCCUAAAUAUUUAAAUGAAAUGGCUGUCACCAACAGAGUAGUUGUUACCCUUUUAAGGUUAUUUUAAUAUUUUGGGUGUAUUUAUAUAAAAAACAUGUUUAUUUACAUUUGAAUGAUCUAAUGCAUUCAUUAAUGCCUUAUUUGAACUGGUGACAAUGACAUCUAGACAUCUUUUCUUGUAUUAUUGUAUUUAUGGGAGAGAGGAAAAAAAUAUUAUUUUUCCAGUGUUGAAUACUGGGAUUAUUUUGAGCUUCAUAAAGAGGAAAGAAAAAAGAAGUUCCUUUAUUAUAAAAAAAUAUUUUCUAGAACUGUACUGAAAAUAGAUCUAGUUCAGAUUCUUUGAUUUCCUCUCUGAGUAGCUAUUACUUUGUUUCCUGGUGUUCCCUUUGGACUGUCCCCUAAACCAAGAUAUGCUUAAUGUGCUCUGCUCAGAACUUAAUCAUAUAGGGUUUUCAGAAUACACUUCCUAUCUCAUCUAAUUCAAAAUAUUACUUCUGAGUUGAAAUUUCCUGGUUUUUUGAAAGACACAGAGAGUGAGGUCAGGGAGGAGGAUGGAAAUAAAUUGAAGAAAUGUUCUGAAGAUACUGCUGUCUUCCUCUUCAACUGCUGUGACUCUAACCAUAAUUUAGAGGUUACCCUCCCACAGUCAGGCGCUAAGGUAAAUCAGUUCUCACUUUGUAUUGCCUUUGUCCUGAGUUCAUUUAUAUGCAGUAAUUAUUACUAAAUCUUGAACUUUUUUUUUUUUUAAUGUGAGACAUGGCUCUUUAGCUUCCAAGAGAGGGAACUCAGGUCAUAACCAGAUGUACUGUGCAUUCUUACAUCGGAAAGAAAUCUGAGGUUUCGGUAUAGCUGUGGGGUUUAGGGGCAGAUGUUGGUGUUUGGGUUUGGGGGUUUUCUUGGGUUUUGUUUUGGGUUUGUUUUCUUUUUUGUUUCCUUUUUUUUACGACCAGCACCAGGCACUUCUCCAUGUGGGAAUCUUGAAGCGCUUAACACUGUGUUAAACAAAUGUGAAACAGCUCUCGUGACAGUUUCCUUCCUAAGCCAAGGUUGUUUUGUUGUGUGUUUCCUGUGACAGCUUCUCAUAACAAAGACUUUGACUCUCCUAUAGUGUGCCUGUGGAAGGAAUUUAGCACAGCAAGGCAAAAAAGGACACUUGAAAGUUCUUUUUGAAUUCUAGAGGUAUCCCAUAUUGCAUGCAAAUGGAAAUCUCGGAAGGCAAAGGAACUGACAUGUAAUCCCCAAAAUGCACAACUCAGAGAUACUUGUUUCCUUAUUGUCAAAAUGAUUUGCAAAUAAAUCUUAUUUUAUACCA